AUGUCAAUUUGGGCCACUCUUGGAGACACAGCUCAUGCUGUGUCGGUGAUCAAUGUGAUGGUGUUUGCCUACAUGGUGGGCUUUCACCGAGACUUUUUCGAUCCUCUCUGGAAAGAACAGGGUUUUUGCGUGAUGAAUCCCGACAAUGAGUAUUGGACGUCUCAUGAUUUGUGUCUCUACACGGAUUUUGCAUUAUCAGGAGUGCUACUGGGAAUCGUGACGUUGUUGAAAGACCAACCUGGAAUGGAAGCGGCUGUACAGUUGGCGGGCGUGAGCCAAAUUCUGGGAAUUAUCGGCCAUGGCAUUGGUCAUGGAGCCAUCGCGAAAUCCCGCAGAGGAGUGGACAACAACGCAGAAGAGAAUAUCCAAAUGAACCAGAGUCCCUGGGAAGCCGGAGAGUUUGUUGCCGGUGUCUGCAGCCCCGUUGGACUUAUUUUCUGGAUCUUGUUGCUGAAAGCCACACUACCGAAACAAUCUUGGCCUUCUUUGGCGGCGCUGUCCUUGACUGUGAGAAUUGUUGCACAAUUCUUUCCACGAAAUUUCAUGUUUACGUUUGUGCAAUCUGUGCUUUUCGUGGCUUUUGCGUGGAAUGAACUCAUGAUGAAACCCAAGGAAGACAAAGGAUUCGAAUAUGCCCUAUACCCAUGGUUGGUGGGAUUUCCAGUUGGCCUCAUUGGAUGGCUCGAGAGUACUCAAUGUUCCGGAUUUGUCAUUCGGUUGGGUGGGCACUUGAUAUACGAUGCCUAUAUCCCCCUUUCCACGGCCCUUUUUUACAUGAUUUGUUGGAUUAGAGCAAGCAUCGCUGCCACAAACAAAAGUGCACCCUCAAAAGCGAAGGUAGCAUGA